AUGCGCACGGAAGAAAAAGGAGCAAAUAAUGAAACGACGAAAUUGGUUGAAAUUAAAUUGAAAGAUCAAACAUCGUCGAUGCAUUGGACUUCAAUAACAGAAUUGAAAUGGAAUUUUUCAAAGCUUUCCUUAUUCUCAGCAGCAAUAUCGCAUCUUAAAAGUGAUCAAUUUGAAAAACAUUUCAAAAGCAAUCAAUUAAAGCAGGAGAAUUACAUGAAUGCUUCAAAUUUUUGUCCUAUUUUUGACGAAAUCGCAAAUUUCUCUGGACCAACAGCAAUGGGUGUUUUGUUGAUAAAGAAUCUUAGAGAGUACGAAAUAGCUCGGAUACAUUCAAAUAUUGAAUCUGGAGGUCAUUGGAAGCCAAAAAGCUGUCUGGCUAGGCAUAAG